AUGGUGACGGAGAUGGGCUCCGCCACCAUCGGUGGCAUCUCACCGGCAUUGUCAGCGAAUGCCGCUAAAUCAUUCUUGGAAGCCACCGAUAAGGAAAAGAAGGAAUUGCAGGGAUUGAACGAUCGCCUUGGCAACUACAUCGAUCGAGUAAAGCGCUUGGAAGAGCAGAACAGAAAGCUCGUUGCAGAUCUUGAUGAGCUCCGUGGCAAAUGGGGAAAGGACACUUCUGAGAUCAAG